AUGUUUCAAGAAUUUUUACAAGAAUUGGGUUCUCUAAAAAUUACAGAGCUUUCCUUCACAUUUCGAAAUUAAUUCAAAAUUAAAGAAAACUUCAUCAACCCUAAUAGUAAACAUUUUGAUUCGAUUGCUCAAAAGUAUACUAUUAUUAUUAUGAAAUUAUUAUAGAUUAUUGUCUGAAGAAAAAGCAAGUAUUAAACGUAAAUGGGACAAAUAAUGUAAAAUGAUGUUCAUUUGGAUAUUGGGAAAAUUCUUUUAAUUGAAAAAUAAGAAAACAAUCAAUCCUACUCAAGAAGAAUGGGGAUAAUUAUCAAAUAUUCUAAAAAUAGAUGAAGUCACUCUAAAAUAAAGAUGGAUUACUCUUAUUAAUCCAGUAUCUAAGAGUAUUAAUUGGGAUCCAGAAGAAGAUGAAAUCAUUCGAUCGCUUAUGAAGUAUUCAAUAUUCGUAUUUGUAAUAAAGUGAAUAGGAUGAAAAACAUAUAUGGACACAUAUAGCUUUAGAAUUGUAUAAUUAAAACAAUGGACAAUACAUCAGAACUCCAAAAUAGGUUAGAGAAAGAUGGAUGAAUUAUUUAAAUCCAAAACUUAAAAAGUAUAAAUGAGAAUUUAACAAAUUAAUAGAACUAAUUGGAAUUAAUAAGAAGAUCUUUAAUUAUUAAAUAUGGUUGUUAAGAAUGGAAAGAGAUGGUCAUUAAUAUCCAGUCUUUUGGAUGGUAGAACAGAAAAUCAAGUUAAAAAUAGGUAAUCAUUUUAUAUAUUUUAAAUAGAUUUAAGAGUUUAAUCCAAAAAAUAUACAAAGAUGAAGAUGAUGAUGAUAUAGAAGAAUUAGAAGCUAUCAAAGAGUAUUUAAAUAAAUAAAAUGUAUAACAAAUCUAGGAACCAUAAAAAGAAGAAUCUCAAAUUAGAAUGACUUAUUUGAGAUAAGUUAAAUCUAAAACUAAUCUAAAAUAAUUUAAUAAAAUUGAAGAACUAGAAGUAUUAACAAAAAAAAGAAAGGCUAUAAAAGAUGUAUUAUAAAUUGAUGAAUAAGUGAAUGUAAAUUCAUCAAAGGAUUUAUAAUUUACAUCAAAAUAAUAGAAUAAUAAAGUAAAAGUAGAAGAAAAUAGACAAGAUAUAUAAGUAGAACCAUAAUAAUAAUAAUAAAUUUUAUUUGAACAAUAAUAAAAGAUGUAAUAAUAUUUCUAAUCCUAAUUAUUAAAUGAAAAUAAUAAAAAAGAUCUCUCAACUCCUAACACUUUAUAUUAUAAUAUUUAACCAUCCUUUUAAAAAAUAGAAGAAUUAAAAAAUGAUUAAUUUGCAUUUAAAUAAGUAUAAUAAUCUCCUAUUUAAUAAUCCAAUUAAUAUUUAUAUUAAGGAUAUAGAACUUAUUAAGAAGAAAUGUAAUAAUAAUUUUAAUAAACUCCUGUGUAAAUGUUGAUGGGAUAAUAUUUUAAGAAUUAUCACUAAAAUUACAAUUUAAUUUCUCCUUUCCCAUAAGUUAAUUAAACUCCUAUGGUUUACACUCCUGCCUAAGCUAUGUAUAUUUAUAAUAAUAAUAAUCCUUAUAAUAUGGGUGUUUCACCUCUUUUGAUUAGAAGUCCAUAUCCUGAGAAUUUAUCACCAAAUAUUGCUCCAUAAUAGUAAUAACUUUAGGGUAUUUGGUAAAACCCUCAAUAAACAUCGAUGGAGUAUUUACAGAAUGAAUAAAAGUUAUCUAUGGUAAGAAUAUUUAUAUAUUAAUUUUAGAAUAAAUUAGAAUUUCUAUAAUCUAAUAACUUAGUUGAUAAAUGGAAAUAGAAAAGAGUAAAUGAAAAGUAGAAUACUUCAUUUCAAGAAUCCUUUUAAUCACUUGAUUAAUGA